UUCCUGCAUCCACACACAACGGGUGGUGGCACGCGGUACGCCCAUCCGAAGUGACACCGCGACGCGUCAUCGAACUUCUUCGUCGACCAAAACAACCACCAUGACGACAGCGGCCAAGCUGUACGGCAAGGAUCUGAGCGAGUAUGAUGACAUUGACGUGGAUCAACUGCUGGCAGAGCUUACGCCGGAAGAGCUUAAUAUAUUGGCCAAGGAAGUGGAUCCUGAUGACAGUUUUAUGCCGCCCUCACAACGUUGCAGUUAUGAAUGCAAUAAGAGUCCUACAGGGCCAUUGAAUCGCAAGAAGCUCAUUGAGCAUAUCAACAAACAAGCUUUAGAGACACCUGAUAUUCCAGAACUGAAGCCAUAUGUACCUGGUGUAAUUAGGGGCAAGAAAUGGGUACCUCCGCCACAAGACAACACGAAAGAAAAGGAGGCAGACGAGCAGAUCGCGAUAGAUCUUGGUGAAGAGUAUGAACAAGCGCUUUCGGCCGCCACCCAAGAAGAAAUCAUUGAUCUUGCUGCUAUUCUUGGAUUUCAUUCUAUGAUGAAUCAAGAUCAGUAUCACGCAUCUUUACUGAAUUCUGGACAGCCAGUCGGGCUCGGUUGGGAUGGUGUGACGAAAGCUAGUCAACCGAAAAUUUAUCCGAUGGAACCGCCUAAUGAUACAGACGUUGACGCUACCAUUAAACAAGUGCGAGACGAUGAUUCCUCUCUAACUGAUUUAAAUUGGAACAAUAUUAAAAAUAUUUCGGACGAAAAAUUCAUGCAGUUGUUCGAAGGUUUGGAAAUGAACACACAUCUCGAAUCGCUAAGUUUAACCAAUGUUGGACUCAAUGACAAGACCGCGCAACGGCUAGCCGAUGCCAUAGAGAAGAAUUCGACACUCAGAGUACUCAAUGUGGAGACAAAUUUCAUAAGCCCGCCUGUGAUAGUAAGGCUGAUCAGAUCCCUUCUUAAAACAAAAUCAAUCGAAGAAUUCCGAUGUUCGAAUCAGAGGUCACAAGUAUUGGGUAACAAAAUUGAGAUGGAAAUCACACAAUUGGUAGAACAAAACCCGACGUUGUUACGACUCGGGUUGCAUCUGGAGUUCAAUGAUGCUAGACAUCGCGUAGCUGCGCAUCUGCAACGCAACAUCGAUAGGAUUUGUCGUGUGGAACCUAUGGAACGAGCUAAGCUUGUAGCGAUCGCUGGUGGUCCUGCAGCUUUCACCGUUCUUCCCACAGAUGACUUAAAAAAUAGAGCGUAGCGCUGUUGCAGCGCAUACGGCAGUCCCGGCUCGGGGUGGCGACAUCUUAACGCGAAGUGGCGUUCGCCUAGGUAUUAUUUGUACAUAUAUACAUAUACAUAUACAUAUCUAUAUAUAAUGCACACUACAAAUAUAUUAUGUUAUAUAAAUAUCGUACACUUCCUCCGCAUAUCGACCGAUCUUAUUGCCGCUAUGUCAUCGCUUUAGAGGCUUAACCCACUUAUCCUGUCGUUUACGCGACUGCUAAGAAAAUUAUUGUGUCUCUCUGUGCGAGGAAAUGCGAACGAAAGUAGGACGGCGAUGGCGAGAUGAGAAACUGCACGUCUAUGUUACAUGACUCCCUAUUCGUUGUACGUAUACAAUAUAUGAUAACGUCUGUAGCUUCAAAUCUGAGAAUGCCCGCGUGGACUUCGAUUUUUUUAUUUCUCUGCGCGUUAAAUUAAUCAGUCCUUAAGAAAAAUGUAUUGCGAAUAUUUACGGAUGCAAAUAAAGAGGAAAUAUACAAAUAAUGCAAAUAAGAAUGAAAUUGCAAGAAGAA